AUGUUUGAAGGUCCAAUGGCUCAUCUUCCUCCCGGACGAACCACAAGAAGCAUGAGACGUUUGGAAAGAACGAGGAAUUUCCAUAUGGACAGCCCUGCCUUAUCUGCCAUAGGAACUCCUUUAUCGCAUAACAAACCAUCUUUUCGGGAUUCAACUGUGUCCUUCCGUUUAAGGGCAGUCUCUCAUUAUUCUAUCAAUGAACUUCACCUCACAAGAGUUCUGGAACGAGAGUUCGACAAUGAUCUACUCUAUGCCGAAUUCUGUUUGGAAUGCGUUUGGGUUGAGCCACGGAAAGAAGAACCUUCUUACCCGGCUUGCAGGGCUUUUCUCUCGAAAUCGUUCAUAGGCCAUACAUACAUGAACUAUAUGAUGCGUCCACCCGAAUCCAUAAAAGGUGCCAAGUCUCAAUUGCGAUCUAUUAGACUAAUCGAAGUUGAAAAGUCGUUCGCGAUUUCCGGAAAUCUCUCCGUUAUGGAAUGUGUAGAUGCAGCUCCGAUGAAGGAUGAUUCAACUGUUGUACUUUUCAAUCAUCAUAUCUCUAUUUAUUCCGGGAUCGCUCGAACAACUGAUGUUUUCAUUACCUGCCAGGCUUUAAGCAGUUCACCUCAAUGGCAACGUUCCGUGUUUAUCCCAUCUGCCAUAGAUGAUACAUUCUCCCUCGUCGUCGGGAAAAGUAUUUAUCAUCUCACGAUUCCGCCUAUGUAUUCUUCAAAAGAUGUUCAAUUACUUUUCGCCACAAUUUUGGAAGCGCUUCCUCAGGAUAAGGCCAUGCGUUUGGCAGGAGAGUGGAGAAGCCAUACUCCCACUGCCCAACGAGGCACCAUAUAUUCUAACAUCCAUAAUACAUAUCUCUUCGUCUUGAAGAGUAUAGGUUUUGAUAUUCCUACUGUUAUUAAAAUGAGGAUGGAUUCUGAAACGGAUGAACUAGAUGAAACACAAGCAAAGCAAAGAAGGCCAUUACGUUCUGCUGAUCAGAACUGGAAGCAAAUCUUGUCCUACGGCAUUGAUUGCCAAGUAAAUCCCUUUUCAUCUUAUAACGUCCGGGUGGCUGUUAAUCCAGCAGCUCUUUUGUACUCGAACAUUUACAUAACCUUUUCUGCACUUCAUGCACAUUGGGAAAACAUGUCCCUGGAGAGAGGUCAAAAGAAUCUUCGAUCGUCCUUAGUAUUCUAUCUUUACUCUGUAGUGAAACUCUUGAAGCUUGAUGCAUAUAUUGCUCUGUAUGAAAAAGUGUUUCCCAAAUGUAAGGACUUGCAGGUAUCCAUGACUGAUGAUAGUCCCAAAGAGUUUCCUUCGCCGCAUGGGCUGAGAAAUUUCAAUCCUAAUCGCGUUCUUAGCAUUUGGGUCGCAGUAGAAAUGUUUUUGAAGGAAGUGAAUGUGUCUCCAUUACCUUUGUGUGCUCCUCUCACUGCUAGAAUCUUGUUAGCUAUUGGCAUAGGAUUGGCCAGAAUCAAGACCUUGAAUGAUAUACAGAGACAUUUUGGCAAAAAUUGGACAAAACGAUUGAAGUUCUCUUCUGAAGAUCAGUCCAAGUUUUUGGAAAAGUUUUUAAACACCAAGGAAUCGUUAUCUUUCAAAUGCGUUUGGACUUUGCGAGUUUCUGGAAUGGGAUUGGAAGAUGUUGAUAGAUUCCCACCUUACAUAGCUCUAUUGUUUGGUAAAAUAGUACACUCUGAUCAAACCGCUGUAGAUACGCUUGUAUGCCGAACUUCAAAACUAGAAGUGAGCUUCCCUACAACUCAUGAGUUUUGGGAUAUAGCAACAGCCCGUUGGUCGGUAGACAAGAGAUUAAUGAAUGUGAAAGAUAUGCUCAGCAAAAGCAGUUGUCCAGUGUUGAUUAACACAGAAAGCUUGGGAUUAGCGGAUACUGAUUUGAAGGAUGCCCAAGAAUUGUUCUUGUCUGGAGCAUCUAUCCGUUACUUGGUUCAAUCUAUGGGUAGCGCGUUCCUUAACUUCAGAACGACCACUCCUACACUCUCAGUAUCUCAUGUUGAUGUUCCGAAGCUUUGUCUCACAGCUCGUUUGUUCCCAUCUAACACAAAUUUUGAAAUUACUAUUAACGAUACUUUGCGUCCAUUCCGAGAAUGGGGUGACUUCUACAACGGCGUAUCUUCUGCUCUUAGGUUUGCAGAUUCUUCACAGGUUAAAGUUGAUGGAGAAUGGAUUAUGGCUAUUUGCAAUAACACAGAAAAAUUCACUCCAGCAACGAAAGCGGGUAUACUCUACGGGCUCGGUCUAAAUGGCCAUAUUGUAAAUACUAAUAUGUUUGAUGUUCACGACCUGCUGGCUGCAGUGGAAGACUUCCAAUCUGUCGCUCUCAUCUUGGGAUACGCCGCUUCGAGCAUAGGAACUAACGACAGUCGAAUAUUCAGAAUGAUAACUACACAACUUCCAUUCCUGAUGGGUCCCACUUUGUUACCAAUUAUGAUAACUCCUCUUAUACAAACAGCAUCAGUUUCUGCAAUUGGACUGGUAUUCGCUGAAUCAGGUCAUAUAAACAUAACUAAAAAAUUAGUUAAUGAAAUUGGGCGAUCUUCCAAUCCAGAAGAUGUUCCUUUUGCCGAUCGUUAUGCUUAUAAGCUAUCAGCAGGGUUCUCAGUUGGGUUAAUAUGCCUCUCCUUGGGAAAUCAAAUGUUGGAAAGCGAUCCUUGCUUUAUUGAACCACAAAGCUCGAUCGUUAAGAGAUUAACAACAAUGAUGAAUGGAGGACCUAGAGAUAUGUGUGUGUUCCCUCAGCAUAACAAUACUACCAGUGACUUUAUUCAUUCUGGAGUUAAUCAGUUCACUCCUGAUCCUUCUAGUCACGUUUGGGAAAAAGAGAACAUUAAUACACAUUUGACUAGUCAUCCAGCCACGAUUGCGCUCGGUUUAAUGUUUUUCCAAACAAACAAUACCUAUAUGGCUGAUCUCUUGAGUUUACCGCAAACGAUUUCUCUAUUGGAAGGGAUACGUCCAGACUUGGUUCUUAUUCGAGUUCUCUGUCGGAACUUAAUUCUGUGGAAUGACAUCAAAUCAACGAAGGAAUGGGUGGAAAGUCAAGUUCCGGAAAUUGUCUCCAGUUAUCUUAAAUCUUCCUUAAAAUGGGGUGAUGAUGAAGAUUCGAUUCUCACAGAAGAAGAGGAUAAGUAUUGGGAAAGUAUUGUUGACAGAGAAACUUUGGCUCAAAUAUACCUGUAUGCUGUUACUGGUGCCUGCUUCGCAUUGACUUUAAAACAUGUUGCUCAUCCCAGUCCGACAAAGAGGGUAGUCUCCGAUGUCAUAUAUACAUAUGUAAAUAUGAUUGAGCCGACACAGAAGAAAAAACUGUUCGUGAGAUUAGCGGAGCACGCAGGAGCCAAUGUUCUCAGUUUGUGCAUGAAUACUCUACUAACUUGUUUAGCAAUGCUCCAUGCGGGUGAGGGUGAUGUUCAACCUCUUAGAUUGGCAAGGCUUUGGAGAAUGCAGGGGAGUGUACUAUCUUGGUCAAGAAAUAUAAGAAAACAUCAAGAGCAGCUCGCUGCGCAUCAAGCUAUGGGAAUGCUGUUUAUGGGUACUGGAAGUUGCGGUUUCAAGAAUGAUAAACUAUCAUUGGCACUUCUUCUGAUUUCUUUCUACCCAGUCAUAUGUCACAACAUCACCGAUAAUAGGUUUUACCAUCAACCCCUCCGUUUCUUGUGGGCUCGCACUGUCGAGAGACGUCUUCUUGUACCGGUGUGUCCUGAAACAAUGAAACCUGUGAAAUGCGAUGUGAAAUUAUAUUACCUGAACUGUACAGAACCACAAGAAGAAUCAGGACCCGUAUUAUUACCAAAUCUUGACUUCAUAGAGUUUAUUGAGAUUGGUGGAAAGAAGCAUGAGUUGGUUCGAAUAAACUUCAAAGUUCCAUCUGAGAGAAAGGCUUUUGAACAAACAUUACUCAUAAACUUUGGGCGAGUCAAAAUUAGACCAAGUGAUGCUUAUAAGUCUGAAAUUUUGACCAAAGAUUGGGUUGAUCUCUCGUGGAACGCUGAGUCUAUCUUUGGUUUAAUGGAUGUCGGUGAAGAAGGAGAAGAAGAAGAUGUCCCCGAAGGAGUAUUACGACAUGAUCCUCUGUUAACAGUUGAUGAACCUAACGACCUGAGAUGGUCAAGCUUGGAAUCGUUGCCAGUGAUGUCGCGCCAUCUCCGGAGUUGUCAAACUAAUAUUGUACAUGCGAAGAACCCGAAUCAGUUCAGCACAGAUAUAGAAAUGGUACAAACUGUUGCUGAAUGGGCUGGAGAAACUCAACUUGCUUAUCAACUUGAAACGGAACUAUCACGUGUACAAGACCGCUUUGCAUUACUUUGA